AUGGUCACUCACCAAGGCCGCAAUCUGGUGCUGGUCCCGCCAGUACAGAACUUCCUUCUCUCCGACUCGUGGAGCGCCGAGAUGACCUAUCUCGCGGAGAACGGCAUUCCCGCCAUCGGCGACAAGGAGUUCGACGCACUUGGUUAUAACGGCGUAAUAUCAGCAAAGUCAUUAUACUGGCUGUCACGCAAACGCGAAGAGGAUGAUGAAUGGACCAUUGCUAAGAACCGUAUGGGAACCAAUGGGUUUCCACACCUCGCUUUCCACGUCGACAACUCUGGACGCAACCCCAAAGAUGUGUUUGACGGUGCACACGACCCGGUGAAUGACGCUGCAAUGACACUCCUCAACGCGAUCGGGUGCGCGAUCGAACAUGCAGCAUAUGAGGGCAUACUGGACCGCGACGGAAAGCCAAUGUCGUGGGACUCGACACCACCAGUGACGCCUACCUCGCCAUGGCACAUCGCCGCUGUUGAUGCGGAGGGCGCCAACGUCCCGCGCAAGACCGUCCUGUCCGAAUGGGGCACUAAGGUCAUCGACAAAAGGUGGGCCAACGUCCACAAUCCCUUCUGCCCUCGGCCCCGCGCCCGAUUCCUGUGGUUCGACAAGCAGACUGUCAUCAAAAAGCUCGACACAAAGGAGAUAGGCGGGGCGAUUCUCGGCGAUCUUUCUGCCACGGGCUACACGCGUCGUCAUUUUCAUCUCUGGCCGGCGAACGAACGGGUGGCAGAGACCGCUGCAGCUCUUUGCGCUGGAGCAAACAGUGUUUAA